UAUAUGCUAUCGACAGUCGCCGAUGCCAAUGUAAACAAAACAAAUAUGGCCAACAAUCGUGUACGUAUUGUUAUUGUCGGCGAUUCAGGGGUGGGAAAGACCUGCCUGACGCAUCUGAUUGCCCACAAUGAGUCGCUGACACGUCCCGGCUGGACGGUGGGCUGCAACAUCCAAGUGAAGAUCCAUCAGUUCAAGGAGGGCACGGCCCGCCAGAGCCAGUAUUUCGUGGAGCUCUUCGAUAUUGGCGGUUCGCUGAGCCACAAGAAUACUCGCGGCGUCUUCUAUUCCGGUGUGCAUGGCAUUAUCUUGGUCCAUGAUCUGACGAAUGGCAAGUCGCAGGAGCAGCUGCUCGACUGGCUGCACGAGAUACUCAACAAGGAGGGCAAGGACACGUACAAGUCGCGUGCCAGCUCAAUGCCGCCAUCCCCAUUGGCCAACUAUUCCACAGACUCGUGCUCGCACGUCCGCUUCGACUUGGAGGAGUUCCUGGGCGCCACACAAACCCCCAUACUGGUGAUGGGCACCAAGCUCGAUCUCAUCGAUGAGAAGCGUCAGCCCAAGACUGCUUUGAAAAAGGCUGGUGGCAUAGCUGACAAAUGCGGCGCCGAAGAGAUCUGGCUGAAUUGCAGGGACACACGCAGUCUAGCCGCCGGCACCACAGAUGCCGUAAAGCUAUCACGCUUCUUUGACUGUGUCAUCGAGAAGCGUGAAUCCAGUGGCAGCUGUGGCUCGCAUUAUUAUGGCGGAUCUGCAACGGCAUUGGCAGACAGACGCCGCCCCCUCACCACGGCCACACAAGCGCCAGAGUACACGCUGUACAGCGGCAGCAGCAGCAGCAGCUCCAUUGAUGCGGGCAGAGGUGUGCCGCUCCUAGAGACCAGCGACCUCAAGUGACUGAUGGAAUGGAAUGUUAUAUAUAUAUUG